AUGGGUAGAGUUAUCAGAAACCAGAGAAAAGGUGCAGGAUCCAUCUUCACCUCUCACACAAGGUUGAGAAAGGGAGCCGCCAAGUUGAGAAACUUGGAUUACGCCGAGAGACACGGAUACAUCAGAGGUGUUGUGAAGCAGAUUAUCCACGACCCAGGUAGAGGAGCACCUUUGGCCAAGGUUUCGUUCAGAGACCCAUACAAGUACAAGCUCAGAGAAGAGACAUUCAUUGCCAACGAGGGUGUGUACACGGGACAGUUCAUCUACUGUGGUAAGAAGGCCACUUUGAAUGUUGGAAACGUGCUUCCUUUGGGUGCAAUGCCAGAAGGUACAAUUGCCUCCAACGUUGAGGAGAAGAUUGGAGACAGAGGUGCCUUGGGAAGAACCUCUGGAAACUACGUUAUCAUCGUUGGCCACAACCCAGAUGAGAACAAGACCAGAGUCAAGCUUCCUUCAGGAGCCAAGAAGGUGAUCUCUUCGGAUGCCAGAGGUGUCAUCGGUAUCGUUGCCGGUGGAGGUAGAAUCGACAAGCCAAUGUUGAAGGCAGGAAGAGCCUUCUACAAGUACAGAGUGAAGAGAAACUCGUGGCCAAAGAACAGAGGUGUUGCCAUGAACCCUGUGGAUCACCCACACGGUGGUGGUAACCAUCAGCAUAUUGGUGCACCAUCUACCAUUGGUAGACGUGCCGUUGCCGGUCAGAAGGUUGGUUUGAUUGCAGCCAGAAGAACCGGUUUGCUCAGAGGUUCUAAGGAGAAGGCUCUUGAGGAGUAA